CUGCCCCGGAUCUUUGACGUCACUACGUCCAGCGUGCCGCUAUCGGAGCAUUCAGAGCGACCAGGAUGGGAGUGCGGAGAGAUGUCAUCACCCCCGGCGACGGCCAGACCUUUCCAAAAAAGGGGCAGCUGACGUCUGUGCAUUACACAGGGACCCUUGAAGAUGGAAAGAAGUUUGAUUCUUCCAGAGACAGGGGGAAACCAUUCACGUUCCGAAUGGGGCGGCACGAGGUUAUCAAGGGCUGGGAAGAGGGAAUCUCACAGAUGAGCUUGGGGGAGCGGUCACUUCUCACCAUCUCCUCUGACUUCGCCUAUGGAAGCAAAGGACAUCCUGGCAUUAUCCCUCCACAUGCUACCCUAAAAUUCGAUGUAGAAUUAUUGUGUUUGGAGUAAGGGCAUUGUGCCUCCCAUCAUGGGUGCGGAGAGGGGUCUGCUCACAAGGUCGCAUGGUCACUGGAAAUGGACACCAGGGCCAAGAAUGGACACAUCCUGACCUCCCUUUUUUCACUCUACUUCCCACUCAGACGUUUUGCUUGACAGUUUUUGACCCCUCCCUGCUUCUCAUCCUCCUGACCAGCAGGGUAACUUUGGGCAAUCUCACAGCGGAUGACAUUCUUGAGGCAGGAGGUGGUUGUGAUCAUACCAGUGAUGCCACCGGAUGUCUCGACUCUGUGCAGAAGGCAAACCUGCACUGUUCCUUAUUCACCUGGUGUGAGAAUUCUUCAUCUGUAUACAUGCCCUUGGCAGGGGUUGAGAAAGCACUAUGAUGGUUUGACUCUUUCAUGGCUGUACACUGCAGAGAUUUGUGUUUAACCUGUGGGGUUUUAAGCCAAUUUGUACUUCAGUGGUGCAGCUCCUCCCCUUCCUGCCUGCACAGCGUGAUCCCUUUCCACCUCCGCACUCUUAAAUAAACCGCUUUUCUCUA